CUCCGUGUCAAGGCAGUAGCGGAUAUACACCGAACCAGAAACAAAGAAAACACUUUUUCUUGUAAAGUGGUAUGCGUUUUCAGUGUUAACAGGAAUGCCUAAGGAAAAAUAUGAUCCGCCAGACCCCAGGCGGAUGUACACAAUUAUGUCAAGUGAGGAGGCAGCCAAUGGGAAAAAGUCAUAUUGGGCUGAACUUGAAAUCAGUGGCAAAGUGCGAAGUCUCAGUUCUGCGUUGUGGUCACUCACCCACCUCACAGCUCUGCACAUCAGUGACAACUCUCUGUCGCGCAUUCCGCCCGACAUUGCCAAACUUCACAACCUUGUGUACCUGGACCUGUCAUCCAAUAAGAUCAGGAGCCUGCCAGCUGAGCUCGGCAACAUGGUGUCUCUCAGGGAACUACUUUUAAAUAACAACCAGUUGCGAGUUCUACCUUUUGAGCUUGGAAAACUGUUUCAGUUACAGACACUGGGGUUGAAAGGAAACCCACUUACACAAGAAAUCUUGAGCCUCUAUCAGGAACCUGACGGAACACGUCGGCUACUGAACUACCUGCUGGACAACCUCGCAGGCACCACCAAACGUAUCUCCACAGAGCAGCCUCCACCUAGGUCAUGGGUAAUGCUGCAGGAGCCCGACAGGACACGACUUGCCGCACUCUUCUCAGUCAUGUGCUACAAUGUGCUCUGCGAUAAGUACGCCACACGACAGCUCUAUGGCUACUGCCCAUCCUGGGCCCUCAACUGGGAGUAUAGGAAGAAAGCAAUCAUGCAGGAGAUACUGGGCUGCAAUGCUGAUAUCAUCAGCCUGCAGGAAGUCGAAACUGAGCAGUACUUCAACUAUUUCCUGGUAGAAUUAAAGGAGCAUGGAUAUGAGGGCUUCUUCAGCCCGAAGUCCAGAGCCAGAACAAUGUCUGAGUCGGACCGCAAACACGUGGAUGGCUGUGCAAUAUUUUACAAAACUGAAAAGUUUAGCCUCGUACAGAAACAUACGGUGGAGUUCAACCAGCUGGCCAUGGCGAACUCGGAGGGUUCAGAAGCUAUGCUAAAUCGGGUCAUGACCAAGGACAACAUUGGCGUGGCUGUGCUGCUGGAGCUACGCAAGGAGAUGAUGGAGCAGUCUGCUGGAAAAUCCCUGCAUGGGAUGGAGAAGCAGCUCCUGCUGGUGGCAAACGCACACAUGCACUGGGACCCGGAGUACUCGGAUGUGAAGCUGGUACAGACCAUGAUGUUCCUAUCUGAGAUCAAGAACAUUGUGGACAAGGCUACACGUAGCUUGAAGUUGUCUUCCAUCUCUGGGGAGACUAACGCCAUCCCACUUGUGUUGUGCGCUGAUCUCAACUCGCUGCCUGACUCUGGUGUGGUGGAGUUCCUGAGUACAGGUGGGGUUGACUGCACCCACAAGGACUUCAAGGAGUUGCGUUAUAGUGACAGCCUGACCAACUUCAACUGCAAUGGCAAGAACGGCACAUCCAGCGGCAGGAUCACACAUGGCUUCCAGCUAAAGAGCGCCUAUGGGAAUGGCCUCAUGCCUUACACCAACUAUACCUUUGAUUUCAAGGGUGUUAUUGACUACAUCUUCUACUCUCAGCCCCUGCUCAAUGUUUUGGGAGUCCUGGGCCCCGUGGACCCCACCUGGCUUGAGAACAAUGUCAGUGGUUGCCCACAUUCCCACAUCCCCUCCGAUCACUUCUCCCUGUUAGCGCAGCUGGAGCUGGUUCUGCCCUUUUCGCCACCAGUCAAUGGGAUCCACCUGCCUGGUCGCAGGUAGUCUUCCGAGCCACUGGAGGGAGCUUAUUCUCACCAAGCUCUUCUGUACAUUUUAGAAAGAUACAAAAUCUGUAUAAAGCAACAUAAUACGAUCAGAGGAGUGAUGUAUGGCCAACAGGGAUUUUUUUUCUUCUUUUGUAAUGAUUUUUAAUAGAUUUUAACUGACGCUAAAGUCAAUCUUGGUAACACACCAUAUUUCAGGCACAAUAUAAUAUUCUGGACCCUGUUCCUCUCUUACCAUCCACAUUUUUUUUUUUUUUUUGCUACCACUGCAGUGGACCAUGAGGACUGUAGUCCUUUUAAUUUGCCCCUCAAAAAUACUUGUACAUGUUUGUCAUACCAAGCUUUCUUAGUCUCUUGUCUAAAUGCAUGCAGGGAUUAAACAUGUCAUCAGGCAUUCUAGGGUUGCACAGGAGAUAUAUAUAUAUAUAUAAUUUUUUUUUUUUUUAUAAAUAACCUGCGUAUUGGGAAGGCAGCUUCUGAGAAAAAGUUGUAUAGUCCGAGUUGAACCUUUCAGCAGAUUUGUUUCAGAUGACUCCUCUAAUUUCCCAGCUUUAACUGUGCUUAGUUUAGCCCUGUCUGUGAGCUUGAACAUCUCCCUCUUGUGCAGAGUCGGGUUCCAGGAUUUACAUACGGGGAACGCGUAUGAGAGCGGGUCACGGCUCACUUCUUACACUCGACGGUGCUGAACUCAGCUCUCCUGGUGCUAGUCCUGCCCUCUAGUUUUGUUUUCAUCUUGUAUAGCCAGGCGUAGUAAUGUUUUUGUUACACAUGUGUGGCUCUUGAAGCCAAACUGUUCAAGUUAAAUUGUUUUGAAUGUCACUGAACUGAAAUGACACCACAGGAAUCCUAUGGUUUUUUUUUUUUUUUUUU